AUGAGCCAGAAGCAUGGUCAAGAAGCAGAUUUUUUUCUUUUUUUUUUUUUUUUUAAACAUUCUUUUUUUUCCCAAUUCUUUUGCCACUCUCCUCCUCCUCCAUUCUUCUACCACUCACUUCUACUCUUCCAUUCUUCUACCUGCCACUCACUCCUCCUCCUCUUCCUCCAUUCUUCUCUUACUCACACACUCCUCCUCUUCCUCCAUUCUUCUCUUACUCACACACUCCUCCUCUUCCUCCAUUCUUCUCUUACUCACACACUCCUCCUCUUCCUCCAUUCUUCUCUUACUCACACACUCCUCCUCUUCCUCCAUUCUUCUCUUACUCACACACUCCUCCUCUUCCUCCAUUCUUCUUCUACUCACACACUCCUCCAGUCAUUUUCCACUCUCUCCUCCUCCUCAUUCUUCUCCCACCACUCACUCCUCCUCAUUCUUCUCCCGCCACUCUCUCCUCCUCUUUCUCCUGCCACUCACUCCUCCUCUUUCUCCUGCCACUCUCUCCUCCUCUUUCUCCUGCCACUCUCUCCUCCUCUUUCUCCUGCCACUCUCUCCUCCUCUUUCUCCUGCCACUCUCUCCUCAUAAUUCUUUUGCCACUCUCUCCUCCUCCUUUCUCUUACAGUUUAACACUUCAGUAA